UGUAGGUUAGGCAGAACAGGCUUGAGAGAAUAGACUAGAUGUAGGUCAAGAUGGUGGCAAGGAGAACCGCUCCAUUCACAAGAAUGAAGUAUGGCAGGUAGCACAGAAUAUAGGACCAAGGCCUUCACAUGGAAAAGGUGCAUUCGAACUUACGAGGUCCAGUUCCGCACCGGUGGCAAUCUGACAUUCCAGCGUAUCAACGAGGAGGACACCAUAUUCAACCUGUUCCAGUGGUUUCCGGGCAUGUCAGAUGGCAAGGCCUCGGUGAGAGGGUCGUACCGGGUGAGAGCUGUGGAUUACGCUGGCACUCCGGGGCCGUUCUCAUCGGUCGUCGUCUACUGAGCUGCAUGGCCGAACAACGGAUGUACCCGGAGCAUGGACUGCUCAGUCUUAGACCGGUGAAAGCAGUGGCCAAGGUAGAGGCGGAGCAGCGUGCAGAUCAGCAAAAAGCAAUACAUCAAUAGAGCCGAAUAUGUCGCGUGCCAGACGCAGGCUCGCUCUGGGAAAAGGGCGGAGGGAAAAUUAUUUGUUGCACUGGACGACAUGUGGCGGGUUCAAGGUAAACGCAACAAUCUGUGUUAAGUGGGUGCCCCACCAGCCCAGUCACCUAUGAAA